AUGGCUUCCUUCACCAUAUUCUCAAAGCUCCCAAAGGAGCUCCGACAGCAAAUUUGGCUGAAAAGCCUCCCCAGCAACAGCACCGUCGAAUUCAACGAAGCAGAAUUCGACGUCACUUCCAUCUCCCCUCCUCUCCCCCAUCUCUUCACAUCAAAGGAAGCGCAGGCCACAGCGCUCUCCUCUCUCUCUCCAACCCCUUACCCCAUAUGGGGUCCGUCCGACUGGGAAACCCUCCUCCAUGACGGCGAAAAGAUGACUCUCCAGGUCAUCAUUCACCCAUCAAAAUCCUCCUCAUUAACCACCACAUGGACGGAUAUCUGGAGCGUAUUCGGAGAUGCGCUGCUGGCGGCCCGGUCGCUUCACUUUGUAUGUCGCGAGCCGGAGCGGCUAGCGAGGCUGUUUAUGCUGGAGGAGAAGGAGUGGCUUGGUGUGGGCCAGGCGUGUAAUGAAGAAGGAUUGUUCAUGAAUGGAGAAAGCCUCUCCGGGGAGAGGACAACGCGGGAGGCGUUGUGGGAGGGGGUGACAGUCACUGCUAGCAAGUAUACUGUCGAGGAGAUUGAAGAGGGGGAGGGAAGAGGGGAGGUGCAGGUGUGGAAGUUGAGAGAAGAGAGGUUCUCGAGGGGGUUUGGGGAGAAGAGUGAGGUGGUGACGACGAGGGGGUUCGAGAGGGUGGAGGUCGAGGGGACCGAAAACGCUUCGGUGGCGCAGCUUCAUUAUGCUGCAAAGUCUUUUGAGCCACGGAGUGGAAUGGCCUCGGAAGAGGAGGAGAAGGUGGAAGAGGAGGAGGCGAUGCCGAGGUCAGUAGAACUGACUGAAGACGCAAUCGCGAGGCACUUGGAGGAGUGCGAGAGGAUCUGGCCGCCUGAGCCAAGGGAUCCUGGGAUGGAGGAAGGGAGCAUUUCAUAUCCCGAUAAUGCUGCUGUUGAGAAGUGGCUUAGAUAG